GAACGAAAGCGUGAGAAGGAACGUGAGGAGCUUUGGAAAAAAUUAGAUCAAUUACAACUUUCUGGUUCCGGUGAUGCCACAGUAACCACUAGUUCUGGGACCCUUUCUGCCCUCUCUUCUAAUGCGGCAGCUGGAUCCGGCCCAACUACUUCAGCCUUGCCUACAGCCACCGCCAGAAGUUAA